GAGUUGUUUAGUUUUAAAAUGGUGAGUCUCUUGAGUCGGUCAUAAAUCAAAAUGUCUUUCUUAUAACGUCCUUUGUCUUGAAACCAAGCCAAACGCUGUGUAAUCAUCAUGAAUUUAGAACUUUUAGAAUCCUUUGGUCAGAACUAUCCCGAAGAGUUUGAUGGUACUUUAGACUGCAUAUCUCUAGCAGUUACUUGUGCUUUCAAUAAAAGGGGAACUCUUUUGGCGGUUGGCUGUAACGAUGGAAGAAUCGUCAUUUGGGAUUUUCUUACUAGAGGAAUCGCUAAGAUAAUAACUGCUCAUAUGCACCCGGUUUGUUCUAUCAGUUGGUCACGAGAUGGACACAAAUUGCUUAGUGCAUCAACGGAUAACAAUGUUUGCAUCUGGGAUGUACUUUCCGGGGAAUGUGAACAACGUUACCGAUUUCCUUCACCUGUUUUAAAGGUUCAGUAUCAUCCUAGAAAUGAUAAGAUGUUCCUUGUUUGUCCGCUGAGGCAUGCCGCAGUCAUUGUAGAUAUCGAUGGAAAACAUCAAGUUGUUCCUCCUGACGAUGAUACAGACUUGAAUAUUGUCGCCUCCUUCGAUCGACGAGGGCAAUAUAUCUAUACUGGAAAUUCUAAAGGAAAAGUUCUUGUAUUUUCAUGUCCUGAACUUGAACAGAAAGUCUCUUUCCGAGUCGCCUCAAGCGGUGCAUUGAUCAAGAGUAUAGAGUUCGCUAGGCGUGGAGACUGCUUUUUAGUAAACACUGGUGACAGAAUAAUAAGAGUUUAUAAUGCAAACGAUGUGUUCAACUGUGAUAAAGACUCAGAACCCGAACCGAAACAUAGGUUACAAGAUCUCGUCAACAAGACGAUGUGGAAAAAGUGCUGCUUUUCUGGUGAUGGUGAAUAUGUAUGUGCAGGCUCAUCCCGACAGCAUGCCCUCUACAUCUGGGAGAAGGGUUUUGGGAACCUUGUUAAAAUUUUGCAUGGUACCAAAGGCGAACUGCUUCUGGAUGUUGUGUGGCAUCCGGUGAGGCCAAUAAUUGCAUCGAUAAGCAGUGGUGUGGUAUCCGUAUGGGCACAAAAUCAAGUUGAAAAUUGGUCAGCCUUUGCACCUGAUUUCAAGGAAUUGGAUGAAAACGUUGAAUACGAAGAACGAGAGAGUGAAUUUGACUUGAGUGAUGAGGACAAAUCAAUUACUGCUGGUCCACAAAAGGAAGAUGAAGAUCUGGAGGUUGAUGUGACAUCUGUCGAUCCUGUAGUGGCAUUCUGUAGUUCUGACGAAGAGAUCGAGGAAUCCAAAAUACUUCAGUUCCUUCCGAUCGCUCCUGAAGUCGAGGAUCCAGAGGAUGGACCAAACCUACUACCCCCUCCUUCACCGAUCACCUCUCACAAACACAGGUCUUACGAUAUUCAACUCGAGGGCUCGGUUACUGAUGAACCACAUCCGUUACUAAGCAACAAAAGUGGUAAAGAAAAACAAACUUCUGGUAAGAAGGGAGGAAUGAAGAGAUUGGCGAAAUAAUAAGACAUUCCUAUUAUUUUAUAAUUUUUUAUUGUAUAUUUGCAUUGUGUAUAUUUUCUUGUUUUUGUAAAAAGAAAUAUUUUAUCUGAUAAAUAUUUUAAAUAUACUUUAGUAUUUUGAUGAACUAUUAUUUCUUGUUUUGUUUUAAACUUAUAUAUAAUAAUUUGAUUGGAAUUGUUAUUUUAUCCACCCACCUAUGUGCAUUAAUAAAUUUUAUUUUAAAUUUGUCAAAUAAUUGUUAUUCAUUUUUUUUUUAUUAGCUCUUAAUUUUAUGAGAUAAAAUCAAAGUGUAAUAUAUUGAGAGUAUACCUGCAAAAUCUCAUUUUUAUUUAGAGGUUUCAUAUCUAU